UGUAUAUCUGGCAGCAUCUUUUCAUCUGUGCGUAAAGAGGAAGAUAAAGAAGAGUAAAUAACACAUUUGAAUUGAAUGGACCGUUAAAGCAGUCUGGAUUACAUUCAUUGGCACCUUUCACUCGCUGGAAACCCGCGCAUCCUGUUGAAUUUUAAAUUUGGGGGUAUCCAGAGUGGUCCAGAUGUUAAUCCACACCUAUUCUGCUAUGGACCGCGCAGACGGACUAAGCGGCUCUUCGCCGAGUGGGCGCCUCUCCCAGCUGUCCUCUCUGAACCAGGCCGCCUACUCCUCGGCUCCGCCGCUCUGCCACACUCCGGCGUCCGACUUUCAACCUCCGUACUUUCCUCCCCCUUAUCCCCAGUCUUCCCUGCCAUACUCCCAGAGCCAGGACUCAGCCUAUUCCCACCUGUCAGACCCUUACCCCUCCAUCAACUCCAUCCAUCAGCACCAGCAAGCGGCAUGGCACUCGCAGAGGUCGCGCUCCGAAGAGGGGGGGCUCCUGUCACAGUCUCACCGGGCUUUGAGCCUGGACCCCCGACGGGAGUAUCCAGCUGUCCCCCGGCUGCUGCACGGUCUCGCGGAAGGGGCUGCAGCACUUGGGGACGGGCCUCUCGGGAUGCACCUGGGGCAUCACGGCUUGGAGGAUCUUCAGGGAAUGGAGGAAGGAUCAGCCUUGGGCAUCCUCGACCACUCUGUCAUUAAAAAAGUUCCUAUCCCGUCCAAGCUGAACGGUUCUUCCCUGUCAGCCCUGUCCAUCGGUAAGGAGGGUCUCGGCAUGGGAACCGUGUCCAACCCGGCUGAGGUUUUCUGUUCAGUGCCCGGUCGCCUGUCGCUGCUCAGCUCCACCUCCAAAUACAAGGUGACGGUCGGGGAGGUGCAGCGACGCCUCUCCCCGCCUGAGUGCCUCAAUGCAUCUCUGCUAGGUGGAGUCCUCCGCAGGGCGAAGUCAAAGAAUGGUGGCCGGUGUCUGAGAGAGCGUCUGGAAAAGAUUGGCCUCAACCUGCCCGCCGGGCGACGCAAGGCAGCCAACGUCACUCUCCUAACAUCUCUAGUGGAGGGCGAGGCCGUCCAUCUGGCGCGGGACUUUGGUUACGUGUGUGAGACAGAGUUUCCAGCCAGAGCCACGGCCGAGUACCUGUGCAGGCAGAGUGACCCCGACCAGCUCCCGACACGACGCAGCAUGUUGCUCGCCACCAAGGAAAUCUGUAAGGAAUUUGUCGACCUGAUGUCCCAGGACCGCUCUCCUCUGGGCGGCAGUCGGCCCACCCCCUGCCUGGAGCCUGGCGUCCAGGGAAGCCUCACCCACUUCAUGCUGCUCACCCACGGCUUUGGUACUCCUGCCAUUUGUGCUGCGCUGUCUGCCUUCCAGAGCUACCUGAUGGAGGCGAUCAAAAUGCUGGACAAAGGAGAGGGUGGAGGGAAGAGCCACCACGACAAGGAGAUGAAGCACCGCAAAUAGAGGGAGAAUGGACUGACGCGCUGAUGGGUGGGUGAGAGGCAGUAAGGAACAGAGAGGGGGAAAGACUGACUCAUGCCCCUCUGCGUCUUCACCUUCGCCCUCAGGAUAAAAACUGAGAUUUUACCUCCCAGAAACCCCUGUGGCCCCUCUCACUGAGGAGGCGGGGUUUAUGAUGAUAUCUGUACUGUAAUGUGUGUCUGCAACCACCUCACUCAAAAUGACGCAUGGACCUCUCUUCUCAGUAGCUGGUUUGUGUGACGAUGGCAUCUACAAAACAUCUCUUCAGGAUGAGUUCCUACGUAUGGCAGUAUGGUUUUAAUUAUUCAUUCCCCCUUUUUUUUUUAUUUUGGUAAACAUGUCUCCUUUAUCUGUGUUUAGAAGUCUUCAUCAGUCUCUCACACACACACACAAAUGUUCUUUGGACUGAACUCAUGUGGGAAGCUUUGUAAGCCAUACCCGAGACAACACCCUGCUUUUUGCUCCUCUGGAACUUUGGGAGACUUUUUAAAUCCACCUGAUUGGACAAACACAACUUCCAUAUGUAGUUUGACUUAGUGGGUGGUCAUGGGAAAUUGAGUUCUCUGGGUUCUCUCAUGGUGGAGUGAGGAGGAGUCAAAGGCAGCUAAAGGAGAUUUGUUUUCUUUUAUUUUGAAGUACAGUGUGUUGGUAACUUAAGAAAAUAUUACAAAUCAUUUUAUACUUUCUGUGUAUGUUUAUUAAUGUUAUUACUGUUAUU